AUGCUGUUCGUUUUGUGGAUAUUGUUUUUAUUAUCCCAAAUAUUGGCUCAAGAUACCUGGAGGAUCAACUUGUGCAAUCGUUUCGUUCCACCACGCGAUCUUUCUUCAUUUUGUGAAUUCAAAGAACAGUAAGAAUGUAGUAAAACAACUUUAUUCGCAUCGCAGUCCAUUCCACUUCGAUAAACUGGAUCCUACUGUGGCGGAUUGGUCGAGGGCUGUCGCUGAUCAUGUCAGAAUCCUCAGCGACGUCAGUCGAAGUGAUGACGAGCAUAAACCAAUUGGUCCAAGCGGGUACGAGCCGGUUAUUGUGGGCUGCAAAAAGAAUAAUCUGAGUGACAAUUACCUUCCUUACAUUGGAGUAGACUCGUAAUUUACCUUGUUGAUGACUCUUUACAUAAUAUUUUGCUUUAGUUACGAACCAUUCUUUCGCGGUAUUACUUCCGGACCAUUGGGAUGUGAGAUGUUUUAAGUAACGCAAUAUGUCAUAAUUAUCUUACAGAUAAGCUCAAAAAUCUACUUAUGAUCACUCAAAUUUCACCGGGCGAGAAUACGGGCGAAGUAGUGGUGAUUGAACAGCCCCGAGGUCACACAAUAUGUCUUAAUGUAAGAGUCAUCUAAAAGUAUAGAACUUUGUAGGAAGCCGAACUCUCUCAUUCUAGAGGAGUCCACAGUUUCCCCCCUCACCAUUACUACCGUAUCAGUUUUUCCAAAGACGUUAAAAAUCAAUUGAUUGGGGACCUUCUCGAAGUCUCUAAAUUAAAGAAAACUUUACCAGUCGAAUCGAAAGAACACAAUGUGAAGAUUGACAUCGCCUGGGGCAUUUGGUCUUGUUGCUCCACAUGUUGUUGCUCCAAUGAAUUCUGCGGCUCUGGUUAUGAGUUUUCGAGCCAUCGAUGGUAUUACUCUCAUUUCCUUUUUUAUUUCUUGGAUGUGAUGACUAUUUUAGUGACCUACUUACAAGCCAACAAACACAAGUUGGAUAUGUCUCAUUUCUAAAGAUCAACUCCUCCUCACCGGUAAAAUUGCAGAAAAUAUUGGCGGAGGCACACCCAGACUUCAGCCAAGAUAAAGUGGAAGUUAUUACAAAAGGGUUCGAUGACGUCUUAUCCAAUCGGAAUGAUCCAAUUCCAAUUUAUUCUCACAUGUUCUUCAACGGAUUAAGUGUGGUGUAUGGAGUACUGAAGAAAGUACGUUCCGUCUUGCGUUGCACUUAGUUUCCCUUAGAUUUUCGAUUUCCUUCCUCCAAACAUAAAUCAAACCUCCCCAACGAAUACUCAGCCGUUUGCACGGUUCGGGAAAGUGCUCCAAACCCGGAAAUGUGACAAUGAUAACCCUCAGAAGACAACUUGUGGAGAGAACGACCGUUGUAGGACCUUAUGGGAUCAAGGAACCAAGUAUUUUCCUUUGGUGACUACAACAGUGAAACCCAACCUGGACGACAACGCCUGGAAGAACAGUUGUUUGUUGGUGGAUUUUAUAGAUCUGAUUGUUGGUGAUGUUUACAAUGAAUUCACCGUCAAAAUUGGAUACAACUACCGUCUCUAUCUGGCUCCAAACCUAAUGAAACCAGGGGAUAAGGUACGAGAAAUUAUGAGUAUAAUCUGUUUAGGUGAUAUGGAAAGUGGGCGAAAAGUCAAUCCCGACAUACGACUGGGAAAAAAGUUGUUCUGGACAGGAUUUGGUCGUUGCCCCUGACUUCGGAUCUGUCAUUAUAGUUGGCGAGACCUCACUUUUCGUAUUCUUAUAUGAUUUUGUUUCCAGGGUUUGCCAAAGGACUCAGAAAUGAAGAAAUCUCGGUUUCACUCAAUUCGAUCGAUUAUUCAAUCAAGUUUAGCGUCAAACUGUAAGCCCGUAAUCGUAGGUAAAGAAUUUUAUAGAGUCAACUUGCCAUCAAGAUACCAAGCGGAUAUUACUUUGUGGGCAUCGUUAAUUGGAGGUAGGAGACAGCUUAAUGUUUUCAAGUCAUUGCAGGAGUUAUCAUCGUCCUGCUUAUCCUUGUCGCCCUUCAAAUAUAUUACGAAGCGCAGAGUAAGCUCAAUCUCAUCAACGAAUUGGUAAAUGCCUCGUUUUUUUACACUGUUUAUUAGGAAGAAGCAGCUGCCAAACAACAGAAAAAAGAUGAAGCCGAAGCGCCUCCGGCUCCAGCUACUGCACCUAACCCAUCCGGCAUUCCAUCUUCGGCACCAGUUUCCACAAAUGCCACGGCUCCUGGGGAUAACAAAACACCCGUUUAA